AUGGCGAAUAUUGAAUUAUCUAGCAUUGCUCUCGAUAAUAUUACUAAUAAUAUGACAUUGAUUGAACAGAAUACAAUACUUGUUGAUUUUGUCAUCCAUAAACAAGUUAUUUCAUUAGAUACUUGCCGAUUAAUUUUAUGGAUUGGCUCACGUCAGGCUUCAAAUCUUCAACGAACAAAAAAUGAUCUAUAUUUACAACAUCCCAUUAUUUAUCAAAAUAUGUAA